UUGUAAAUACUGCUUAUGCAUUGCUUGCUUUAAUGGCAGGUAAAUAUCCAAAUGAGAAACCAAUUAAACGUGGUAUACAGCUGAUCGCUUCACGGCAAUGCCCGACAGGUGAAUGGAAGCAAGAAGCUAUAGAAGGAGUAUUUAACAAGAAUUGUGCAAUUAGUUAUCCAAAUUAUAAAUUUAUUUUUACAAUUUGGGCAUUAGGCAAAUAUGCCAAAAUUUACAAUAAUCCU